GUCAAAUGUGACAACGUGAGUUUUAAGACCUCUAAAUAUUUUGAACGAAUUGGAAUUGUUAUUAAUUUACUGUGGAAAAUAUAUUCAAUAAUAUAAUAAAACAUGGCUGAAUUUUUAGCAGAAAUGCAAGAAAGGCUUUUGCCUGAAUAUGAACAGUUAAAAAAAUUUGAAGUUUGCACAGAUGAACAAAUAAGAGAAUGCAUCCGUAAGCGCGAUAGUUUACAACUUAAGAUAACACAGAAAGGAAAAUCCGUAAGAGAUUAUGCUGACUUCAUAUUAUUUGAAAGAAAGGUACAUAAAUGGGUAACUGAAAAAGAACGUUUUCAUGGCAAUAAAUUAACUGGCCUGAAGAGUUCCAUAGCCUCGCGUAUUAUACGACUUUAUCGAGAUGGUCUGCGAGCAUUCCCACAUGAAGAACGUUUUUGGGACAACUUUAUAAAUUUUAGUAAAAAAUCAGCACCACAAGAAGUAUCUGGCAUAUACGAAAAAAUGCUAACAUUUUAUGGUGACAAGCCUCGUGUUUGGUGUGAUGCUGCACUUUGGAUAUACGAGUAUAGUUCUAAUAUAAAAAAAGUGAAAGAAAUUUUUUUUCGUGCUUUGCAAAGACAUCCGGACUCUGAAGAAAUUUAUAAAACUUUUUUUGAUACUCUCUUAUUAUCAGCUAUAAAAAUGAGUACACAGAAGAAUGCUAUAUCUUCUGAUGAAAAAAUUAUUCGUUUGGAACAAGUUUUGAUCGUUUACAAGAAUAGUAAAAAAAUUAUACAAAAUAUAAAUUUCUUUUUAAGCUUGUUGGAACGGUGCGAGUCAGAGAAAUUUUUAAAUAUAACAACACCACUACAAAAAGUUAUAAUCGAUGAUUUAAUGACUAAUUUCCCACGAAAUGAAAUUCUGUGGGAUACUUUAGCACAACGAGAGCUUCGCGGUUAUAAUAUGAGUGAUUUAAACAAUUCCAUGGAUAUAAAAGAUAAUGCGGUUGAUGGUGAACAACAAUCAAAGGACAUAGAAAAAACAGAAAAUUUUGAUAAUGAUCAAAACUUAUUCCAGAAACGUUCACUUAAACGUCGCAUAGAACUUUGUUGUAAUGUUUACCAAACAGCAGUCCGAACGUUAGAAACAACUAACAUGUGGACAAAAUAUAUUAAUGCUAUGUUGAAACUGAACCAAGAUAUGUCGGCAGAGAAAGUUUUAAAACGCAAAUGUUUGGCAAUUGCCUUUAAAGAAGGGCAUGCAUCUCGUUUAAUGAGUGUUGACCACUACUGUACCUAUGUACAAAUGCUACUUGAAAGCCCAACUGGUGUGCCAAUAGCAGAACAAACACUAAUGGAUGCUUUAAAAAUUCAUAAAUCAAUUAAACUUUACGAAUUACUGCUUUCCACAUACAUAGUAGCCGACAAUGAGCCAAAAGCCUACGAAACGUUUCGUACAGCAAAUGAUGAACUUGGCGCACAAAAAUGUGUUUCACUCUGGCGUAGUUUAAUACAAUUUUAUAAAACACACUAUAAUGAUUGUGGGAAACAACUACAAAAACUUUUCAAAGAGGCUUGUCAAGAAGCAUCACCAGAUUUUGGUGAAUUUCGUUGUAAUUAUUUAGAUUUUUGUAUAUUGAACUUUUCAAUGCAAAAAACUCGAUCUGAGUAUGAUAAAUUGUGUUUAUUACCUCCGCCAUGUCGUGAGCUACACCAAAAAAUGGCAGCUCUUGAAUCACAAACCGUUGCGAAGAAUCAGGCAGACAUGGAUCGGUGGCGCUUAUGCUAUGUAAAUGCAGUUUUUUAUUUUGGAAAAACAAAUACACAAGUUUGGAUUGAUUUUAUUAAAUUUGAACGUGAACAUGGUGAGCCCAAAAAUGUAUCCACAUUAUAUGAUCGUGCUAAAAACACUUUAGAAACGGAAUUAGUGGAUAACUUCAUUUCUGAAUAUACGCUGCUCACACAUAUUAUAUAA